AACAUCGUCAACUGCGAGUAACGUAAUUUCAUCUAGUUUGUGGAUCCAUGUGUGUUUCAGUGAGGAAAAAGCUUGUCGCUUAUGCACCCACCUCCCAGUCAACAAUAACAACAGUUAGUCGCGUAGCAUAAAGUUCACAAGUAUUUCGUGCGGUGCGCGAGGUCGCAGUGUUAACACCAUCGCAGUCUAAUGAUUGAGCAGGUCAUCCUGGUUCUGGUCCUUUGAAUCUGUAAUGUGAAUUCGCUCGGAGGUUCUCUCGCUGUGCAUGUGUGCGUCAGAAAGAUAUCUGUGCGCGGGCAGCAUAACCGUAAACCGUUUUAAACAUUACAAACGUCAACGGAACUGCCAUUAAAUUAAAUAAUUGAAAAUACCACGAGGAAAUACUGAAAAGCAGUGCAAAUAAACGCGCGAAAAUAAUAACUGCGAUUGCAAAUGUUUAAAUGUGUACAUAAACAGAAGUUAAUAAACAAAGGGAGUGAACAAAGAUACAAAACAACAAACAGUAGAGAUAUUGCAAAACAGAAGUAACGAUUCUCUGAAGAGAGAAGCAAAAACCAAAAGUGGAAAAAUACCAAACUAUGGUCCAGGCCAGAGUGUAAAAUGCGCAAAACUUUGUUGUAAAACGUUCAAUAGCGAAGAAGCGUUGAAACGAGACGCGAGGAGUUGUGAUUAGUGAAUUAAGAAUAUUAUUGAUCAGUUUUAAGUAUAAAGACAUAAGCCCGCGACCUGGUGAAGUGACAAGUGUCCGAGAUCAGACAAGAUGUUGCCUGCCAACGGGGGGGACUCGAAGCAGAGCCAAGUGAAUCGCAAAAUGUCCAUUCCGAAUAUUACCAUUAUACCGCGCAAGAGUGCCGAGGAGAUGCGUUUCCUGCCCAUCGCCGCCAUGCCCACAAAGCAUAACUCCAGCAUACACAUUGGCAACGUUCAAUCGGUAAAAACCAACAACAAUAAUAAUAUCCACACGGCAUUGAAAUCCACACUGACCAUGACGCCUUUGAACAUGAACAUUGUACAAGCGAGUGGAGUGAAAACCACCAGCCUCAAGCCAGGAGCCGUGGCUGCCACUGGCUCGAUGAUUCAGCUGGUGCCCAUGUCUGCCACAGGCGGCGCCACAAAUCAUCAUCCGAACCUCUUGGCCAUUAUAACGCCAUCCGGCAAGAACGCGAUGAUAAGUGCCACUCCACCGCAUGCCCAGCCAAUCAUGAUACGUCCCAAUCCAGCCAUAUCCCGGCUGUCACAUCCGAGCAAAGGAACUUUCACCAUCAACAAUAGCAAUGGUUCCACCACUGUUAAAGCCUCGGCUGUUUCCAGCGCCACAAAGGCUGUCGCCAGCAGAACAUUAGCAGAGUUUCCCAAUACGAUGGCCGCCAUGACGGCACCAGCACCAGCAGCACCUGUACCUGCUUCAGUAUCAGCAACUGCAACGGCACCCGUAACUGUAACUCUACCUGUACCUGCCGCCGGCUCCGUAACAGCUGCAGCAGCAGCAGCAGUGGCAAAGGCAGUUCCAUCGCCGCAGCAGCAGCCAAUCUCACUGAUCGGCGGGCAGCCAUUGAAACCACGUGCCCCGCUUAUACUCAGCAAGGUGGCGGUCGAUAAGCUGCGCAUUAAAUUCAAUCAGGCAAGGGUCAAUCCCAAUGCCAUCAUUGUCAGCAAGGCGCUUCAGCAGAGCAGUGCCCAAGCGGAAGGAAAAAUUCAACCCACGCCCAUUACCGUGAACGACAUGACCAGGACAUGCUCGACGCAGCCAGCAGCAUCAGUUGAGAGUGGCAGUGGAAGCAACAGCAGCAGCAGCAACAAUCAGUGCAUAUAUCCGAAAAAGGCGUUACCACUACCCAGCAGCAAGGACACAGCCAAACCCAAGACUUCCGCUCCAACAACAGCCAUUGGGAGCAGCAGCAACAACAACAACAACAAAGAGAAAGACAACAAGAACAAGUGUCCCAUAAAGGCCCUGCCUCUAUCCACAUCAAAGGACAUGUCCAAGGCUCCGUCCGCCAGCAGCAAGAUGAGCCCCAAUCCAAAUCCCAGAGAAAUCACCAUGCAGACCGUCAUCAAUGGCCCACCACAGAAAACGGAACAGAAAGCAGAACAGAAGAUGGAACAGAAAGCAGAGUCCAAGCCCAAGCCAAUGGCCAUGGCCCAGCCGCCAGCAACGCACAAAGUGAAGCGUUCCAAGUCGUUUGUGUCGCCUGAGGAGGUGGCCAUAAUGCGAGCCAUACAACGGCGUCGCUACUCGGUGGCCAAGGAACCACAAGUACCCGCAAAGGAGCCUCAGGAGCCUGUAAAGCAGCCACAGGCACCCGUAAAGCAGCCCCAGGCACCCGUAAAGCAGCCCCAGGCAGCCGCAAAGCAGUCCCAGGAACACGCAAAGCAGACCCAGGAACCCGUAAAGAAACCACAAACAUACGCAAAGCAGACACAGGCACCCGCAAAGGAGCCACAGGAACCCGUAAAGCAGCCCCAGGAACCCGAAAAGCAGCCAAAUGCAGCCGCAAAGAAACCUCAAGCACCCGUAAAGCAGCCCCAGGAACCCGAAAAACAGUCUCAGGCAGCCGCAAAGCAGCCCCAGGAACCCGCAACGGAGCCACAAGCAUCCAAAACGGAGCCUGUUGCACCCACAAAGCAGCCCCAAGCAGCCGAAACGGAGCCUGUAGCACCCGCAAAGGAGCCUGUUGCUCCUGCAAGCGAUCCCGUGGUAUCCGAUAAGGAAGACGACGCCGUUGUAAUGCUGGAAGAUCCGCCCAUUGUGACAAUCACAAUCGACACCGAUGAUAGCGACGAUGAGGGGGAGAAGGAGCAGUCGGCAAAGUUGCCGCCGAUUCUCUCCACAGCUGCACUGACAGUCACAGCCUUACCGGGAUCAGCUAGACGCACAUCCACACCGAACAGCAUCAGCACGAGCACCAACACUGGAACAGCACCGAGAGGCAUCUCCAGCACUGGUGGCUCUUUGAGCAUGCUGGAGUCGCGCAAGAACUCACGAAAGAACUCUUCGACCAGCAACGGCGGCACAACGAUGUCUUCCUACAGGAAGAGUUCACAUGGCAGCAUCAGCAUCUCGAGCAGCAGCUGCUCGCUCAACAGCGAUGUGGAAGAGAUUGUGGUGCCCGCCAAGAAGCGAAAGGAAGAGCCAGCGACGCAUACGAAGACGCAGACGAUAAGCAUUGUCAAGGCGGAAUCUGUGUCCAACGAAGAUUUUGAGCGGUCGCUGCGUUGUGAGGAGUCGCUGGUCCAUUCGCCCGAGUCCUCUGGCCCCAGAGCCUCCUCCGCCAAGGUGCCUCAGCGUCGGCCUGUGCCUCUACCCACGCAGAAUGGCCAGCACCAGGCCAAGGCGCACAAGACGACCUUCGUCAUGAUUCCCACGCCCCCAGCUGGAGCCAAUGCCAUGUCGAUGAAGAAGGCGAUGCUCAACAACCUGCAGAUGCUGCGUUGGCGCCCCCAGCAGCCGGCCAGCCUGCAGAACUCCUCGCUACGCUUCGACAUCAACCGCUACAGCCUGCUGCAGCUGAACGAAAGAUGCGAGCCGCGCCAUGGUCCCGCCAGUUACUUCGAGCGCGCCCUUUUCGACCGUCCCGGCCGUCGGCCCACCGACAGCCUCCAUCCGCUGCUGUAUCUGUGCCAGCGAUGCAAUUGCCAUGGCCCUGCCGCUGAUUUUCUGGCGCCACAUUACUGUUCCGUGGGUUGUGUGCGACGAGCGCAGAAGCGGCGCAUGCCUGCCAUAGUCACAUCCCUGAACAAGAUGCCUAAGAAGGUGCUGACGCAGCAACAGCAGCAACAGAAGAAGGUGGAGCAGCUGCAGCAUCAGCGGGCCAACAGGGUGGAGCUGGAGCAGCGGCGGAUCGUGGUCGCCAAGAGACCCUUCCGCUGGACCGACUACAUGGAGACACAUGGGCCAGAGUUGACGGCGCCCAUCCAUCUGUUCUUCAAUCCGUUUCCACGCAACGCCAACUGCUUCGAGCGUGGCAUGAAGCUGGAGGCCAUCGAUCCAGAGAACUGUUCCCUCUUCUGUGUGUGCACCGUGUCGGAGGUGCAUGGCUAUCGGCUGAAGCUCAGCUUCGAUGGCUACUCCAGCAUGUACGACUUCUGGGUGAACGCCGACUCGCUGGACAUCUUUCCGCCCGGCUGGUGCGAGAGCACAAAUCGCGUACUGCAGGCGCCCAAGGGCUACUGCUCGCAGCGUUGGAGCUGGAGUCGCUAUCUGGUGAAGACCAAUGCCAAGGCGGCACCCCGCGUGCUCUUCCCUCACUUGAACCACACGCCGUACAAGCGCGAGAAUCGUUUCCGCCGUGGCAUGCAUCUGGAGGCGGAGGACCUCAACGACACGGGCAAGAUCUGUGUGGCCACGGUGGCGGACAUACUGGACGAGCGCAUACGCGUCCACUUCAACGGCUGGGACGACUGCUACGACUUCUGGGUGCACAUCAGCUCCCCGUACAUCCAUCCGUGCGGCUGGCAUGCCGGUCGCCAGCAGCUGAUUGUGCCCCCCAGCUACCACAACACCGUCUUCAGCUGGGAGGACUUCUCGCGCCGCAAGGGCGGCAUUGCAGCACCCGAGGAUCUGUUCUCGCCGCGGCAGCCCAUGGACUUUCAGGCGCGCAUGAAGCUGGAGGUGGUGGAUCAGCGCAAUCCCUGCCUGAUCCGUCCGGCCACGGUGGUCACCCGCAAGGGCUACCGCGUGCAGCUGCAUCUGGACUGCUGGCCCAACGAGUACUACUUCUGGCUGGAGGACGACAGCCCCGACCUGCAUCCCAUUGGCUGGUGUGAGGCCACACAGCACGAGCUGGAGUCGCCGCCCGGUUUCCUGCAGGCCCCAGCCCAGAUGCCCUGCGACGUGGACGGCUGCCGUGGCUUCGGCAAUGCCAAGCGCUUCAACCUCAAUGUUCACGCACUGCCCGACUGCUGUCCCUAUGCACCCGUGAACUGGCGCCAGUGGCGCUCCAAAACGGUGAAGCCGCCACGCGUGGCACCCGAUCAGAUCAGUCGGGUACCGCUCCGCGAGCCAAAGAAGUUAUCCGUUGGGAAUAUGCUUCCGUCGCCACUGUCCAGCUUUGGGAAAGGAUACAGACGGGAGGGCCUGCCAGAGCUGGUCAUCGAAGCGGAGCGAGUGGAGCCGGACAACGCGCAGAUAGUCAUGGAGGGCGAGUGCAUGAUGGAGGACGAGGCUCAGAUUGUCAUCAAGCAAGAGUGCAUCGAGGAGGAGCGGCCAAAGCUGAUCGUCGAGUUGGAGGCCAAAAUUGAAGCCAAGCCAGAGAUCAAACCCAAACGCAGGGAGACCAUACCCAAAGCCAAGGACAUCAAAGAAGAGACCAAAGCGGUCAAAGAGGAGGCAAAGCCUAAGCCCAAGGAGAAGAUAGUCAAACGGCAGGAUGAGACGACAGCUAAAUCGAGGGAGGCAAUGCCCAAACAGAAGGAGAAGGAGACGAUACCCAAAGCCAAGGAGGUAAAGUCCACAGCAAAGGAAACAAAGUCCACUGCAAAGAUCGUGCCCAAGGAGCCCAAACCCACACACAAAGAGACAAAAGCCACGCCCAAGUUGAAGGAAGCGAAACCCACGCCCAAAGAGAAGCCAACAAAGCCCACAGCACAAAAGGCUAAGGAGACGAAAGGACCGGCUGCACGUAAAAUAAAUUCGGAGGAGCCGGUGGAUCCUCGCUGCAUCACCAUUGCCAUGCCCAUUGUGAAGGACUAUGGGCCACAGCUUGUGCACAAUUAUCGUCUCUGGCAGAAGAACAGCGCCUUUGCUUUGAGCACGAUCAAGAGCAAUCCCCUCUACUGGACCAACUGGGAUGUGUAUGAGUACGUGGAGCGUGCCCUCGACUCUCGCAGCAUUGCGCAGACCAUCUUCGACCAGGACAUUGAUGGACGGGCGCUGCUCAUGCUGGGACACAAGGAUAUGAGCGAUCAUCUGCAGCUGAAGAAGGGCCCCGCCGUUAAGCUCUUCUCGCACAUUGUCAACCUUCGCAUUGCGGUCGUCUGCAAGUUCAACAUGACCUGCUCGGGCUUGGACAUUUUCAACUUCGAGGCUGUCGACGCGCUGAACCAGAAGACGGUCACAAAGCAACGGGUCGAAGCCAAGCAAAUUCCACAGCAACAGUCACAGCGGAAGAAUCCUCAGCAGACAAUGAACAGCAGCAGCAGCUAUGAGCUGGUAGAAGAGUCGUCGGACGAUGAUUUUGAUGAGGAUGACGACAGUGAGGAGGCUGUGGGCGAGAGCGUAAACACACUCGAACUGGAGGGAGAGCAGCAUGACGGUGUUGAUGAUGAGGAGGACGAUGAGUUGGACAAUGAGGAUUUUCAGAGCAUCAAUCCCAUCAGUUUGACCCACGAUGACAAUGACGAUGAUUCGGAUGUGGUGAUGCUGCCGCCGCCGCUCAAAGCGCGGCAUUGCAUGACCACAGCAACGUAGGCGUCCCGCCACUCCACGUCUAUCCACUUCACACCUCUCCACUCCACUCUGCUUCGUUGAUUAAUUUUUGAUAAGAUUUUUGUUGUUGCAUCCGGCAAAUUGGCGCACGUUUUCGGGUAUUAAGUAUAUUAUGUAAUAUUAUAAAGUAGUAUUUAAAUGUUUAAGCGAAUCGUAAAGCGAUCAUUUUGAUUUCCUAAAUAUAUAUUCAAAAUCUCAAUAAAGAACUGACGUACCCACGUCUAAGCUUGGAA